UUACGUCACGUUUGUAUUUUCAGCUCGAUGCACUGGGAAAUUGGUGAUUGUGACUUGAGAUAAUUCUUAUCAGGUUAUUUUUAAUGCUGAUGUAGUAAAGAGAUGUUCGCGAAACAAGCUUGAGUUUGUUGAAAAGUAUUGCUGUUUGGAUAAGUGAAUUAAAACACAGUCACGCAUGUAAGUUUGAUGUUGAUUUUCUGAAACAAUUACCAUUCGGCGAAUAAUGAGUCUAAGUUAUACUUUUAGAUAUAACCUCUUAAAAUUAAAAAAUUCAAAGCUAAAUUUCAUUUUCAAUAUGUCAACUAAAGUUACACCGCUAGAACAGAUGAGAAAAGAUAUGAAAGAAAUUUUUCUCAGUGGCGUUCAAGCUGUGCUUCCGCGUAUGCUAAUUGAAAAUCAAAUUAAACUAUCGGACAACAACCUUUUUGUUGGGGACCAAAUGUUCCAAAUUAGGAGCAAUGUAUAUUUGAUUGGAUUUGGUAAGGCUGUAAUGAACAUGGUGCCUGGAAUCGAGAAGAUCCUUGGAAAUCGUUUGAAGAAGGGGAUAAUCAGUGUGCCAAAAGGGUCGACAGAAACAAUCUGGAAAGUACAAGAUUUUGCAAACUUUCCAAAUAUUGGUGGACCUGUAGAAUAUCGAGAAGGAGCAAAAGACAAUCAGCCUGAUAUAGAAAGUCUAUCGACUACAGAUGACAUCAUGGACUUGGUUGAGGGACUCAAAGAAAAUGACACUUUAAUAGUAUUAAUAUCAGGCGGAGGCUCAGCGCUCCUCUGCAUGCCAAGACCACAGCUUGAGUUGAAGGAGAAGCAAGAAUUUUGUAAAAAAUUACAACAAGCUGGUGCAGAUAUUAAGGAAUUGAAUAUUGUACGCAAAAAAUUAUCCAUGAUUAAGGGAGGAGGAUUAGCUCGGAUUGCAUAUCCUGCUUCUGUUAUCAGUUUGAUCUUGUCUGAUAUUGUUGGUGAUCCUAUUGCUGAAAUAGCUAGUGGUCCCACAGUAUAUAGCCCAAAAUCACCAGAAGAGGUAAUUAGCAUUUUGAAAAAAUAUGAACUAUUUGACGAUCUGAAUUGGAAUAUAAAGGCUGUUUUGACCUCUAAAGAUGUGGAUGACAAAUUUUUAUUGAAUGAAAAUGAUGAGUUUAAGCAUGUGAAGAACAUAAUUAUUGGAAACAAUUCAAUCGCAGUGGAAGCAGCAAAGAGUGCGGCGCUUAAAAAAGGCUUUAGUCCAAUCUUAUUAAGAAGUGAUUUAGAGGGCAAUGUCAGUGAUAUUAGCUCUGCCUACGUUAGGGUAGCUAAUCUAAUGUGUAUGGUCCUAGAUAAAUCGCUGGAUAGAGAAACAUUUGUUGAUGUCAUCAAGAAAGAUCCAAUCCUGGCUUUGCCUGCAGAAAAAGUUGAUGAAAUCUACAACAUCAUUGAAGAAGCUACAGGAAAGGGAAUUAUGUUGAUUGGAGGAGGUGAACCGACAGUAAUUGUACAAGGUAACGGCGUCGGUGGUCGUAAUCAAGAACUUGCGCUACGUUUUGCUCUCGAUUGGUUGGAAAACAUAAAAGAAAGCCCACGAUUAUCAAAAUACGAUGUGAUCAUGCUGAGUGCAGGAACAGAUGGGCAAGAUGGACCUACUGAUGCUGCUGGAGCAUUUGGUUACCCAGCAAUCGGACCUAUUGUUCAUGAUCUGCACAAUAAAUUACGCGCUCAACUACACCAAGCAAUGGUACAAAGAAUGGAUGAGCCAAAAGCAGAAACACGAUCAGUGGCAAGGAAGAAAAUGAUGGACCAUUCCAGUACUAAACAUACAAAACAAGAACGGACUAACAGAGAGUGUGAUGCACUAGCAUUGAAACUAAGAGCACUAGAAAAGUUGAUCCCCGAAAAUGUUAUAAAAGAUAAUGACUCGUAUAAUUUUUAUUCUAACUUCAAAAAGGGCAAAGAUUUAUUGAAAACUGGUCUUACGGGCACAAAUGUUAUGGAUUUGCAUAUUAUUUGUAUAACAAAACAGGAAUGCGGGUGUCGACUAGAUUUUGAGACUGAAUCCAAAUGCCCAGAUCCGUUUGAAGAACAUAACUUAGAAUUUUUGUUAGGCGCGGAUGAAUUUGAAAGGUGUGAAAUAGUUGCGAAUUGUGAACAAGAUACAAAAUUACUAAAUUUAAAAGUCUUGGACUCCAAUUUGACAGAGUCUUGUUGCACCAAAAGAAAUAAAGAAUAAU